ACAAAAUCGUGCUGUAGGUGCGCAGCCACACAAACUGGAGAUUCUUUCAAAGUUAUGCGGGCCCCACAUUCCUCACGUGCACCUUCACCAGCGGGAACUAUAUCACAGACUCCUGCAUUUGAGCGUGUCGUGUUACCAGCAUUUCCUGUGUCUCAUAUCUGGAACGAACGAACGAACUCUCCAAUGGAGCAAAGUAAUGCGAGAUGGGAGUGGUUCCGUUAUGAGGUCACGGUGAGGGACUGAGCUGAACGCUCAGCAGCGAGCGCAAGCGGUAGACAUGAGACGGACGCGAUAGCUGGAAACAUUUAUUCACACAGCUGAAUGAAUCUCUGCUGGCAACAAAAAAACAACAGGACCGCGUUUCCUUCGACAGGGAACUACUGAAAAGACAUCGCGCGUUGGCUUUAUAGGCGCAGGACAGGCUUGCAUACGAAGGACUCCAAGGAAGAGACGCGUGAGGAAAGUUUUCCUACGCGAAAACAAACUGGACGGAACAGUGCAGAAAUCGUGACGCAUAAGCCAUGCACUGGUUGUACAGCGUGGGAUAGUUCUUCUGGUGUCGUUCGCUUGAAGGGGAUGCCUUUUUGGUGGCUUUCUUCAACAAAAGUUUGACGCCGGGAACGCCGUAUUAUUCUGCUCGACAAGAAAACGCGUCUUUUCCGAACGGAACAUUUCUCGGGCUCGUCCUGAGUCGCUGUUUUCUUCUGUUAUUUGUUGGUUUGGCUGGAGGAUCCGUUCCUCAUCGUGUAGUUUUGGGGGACAGGGGGUGGGUUGGAUAUCUGUAUUUUUCACUUUUCCUUCAUGGCCUCCUCCAGGAUGUAUCUUCUUAUGAAAUGCAUGCUGAUUCUCCAACUUGUGCUGUUGAUCGCGAAGAACAGUCGGGCGCUCAUUUGUUUGCCCUGUGAUAAGUCCAAAUGCGAGGAGCCCAAGCAAUGUACGGGCUCCGUGGUCUUGGGGAUCUGCGGCUGCUGCUCGGUUUGUGCCAAGCAGAAGAACGAGAGCUGCGGCGGCGUUUACGGUCUGUACGGGACCUGCGACCGCGGACUCCGGUGCGUGAUCAGACCCCCGUUAAACGGCGGCUCCAUCACGCAGUACGAGGUUGGAGUUUGUGAAGAUGAAAACUGGGAUGACGACCAGCUCUUGGGCUUUGAGCCAUGCAAUGAAAACCUGGUUACGGGCUGUAACAUCAUUGAUGGCAAGUGUGAAUGUGACAGUGUACGAACAUGCAACAACCCAUUUGAGUUCGCUAGCCAGGAAACCUGUCAGACAGCCCUGCAGAAGAUUGAAGAGGAAAGGCCGGACUGUUCUAAGGCGAGAUGUGAGGUGCAGUUUUCACCACGCUGCCCUGAGGACUCCAUAUUGAUUGAAGGCUACGCUCCACCAGGUGAAUGUUGCCCCCUGCCCAGCCGCUGCGUGUGCAGCCCAGCUGGGUGUCUAAGGAAAGUUUGCCAGCCCGGGCAUCUCAACAUCCUGGUGUCCAAGAGCUCAGGCAAACCCGGCGAGUGUUGUGAUCUCUAUGAAUGCAAACCAGUGUUCAGUGUAGACUGCAGCACAGUAGAGUGUCCACCAGUGAAGCCUGUCCAGUGUCCGGCAGACAGCUAUGAGACUCAGGUCAGACUGACAGCAGACGGCUGCUGCACCCUUCCUACAAGAUGUGAGUGUUUGCCUGGCCUCUGCACCUUCCCACAGUGCUCAGCAGGGACUUCCCCACAGGUCGUGUCCCGUGGUGAUGGAACACCUGGGAGGUGCUGCGAUGUGUUUGAGUGCGUCAACGAGACAAAGCCAGCCUGCACUUUCAACGGAGUGGAGUACCAUGACGGGGACAUGUUCAGGAUGGACGCCUGUCGCUUCUGCCGCUGUCAGGGAGGGGUGUCCGUAUGCUUCACGGCCCAGUGCGGCGUCCUCCACUGCGAACGCUACUACGUCCCUGAUGGAGAGUGUUGUCCUGUUUGUGAAGACCCGAUCUACCCAGUGCUCAAUUUAGCUGGCUGCUAUGUGAAUGGGCAGAUCCUGGCUCAUGGAGACCACUGGCGUGAGGACGACUGUACCUUCUGCCAGUGUGUGAGUGGAGAGGCCCGCUGUGUGGCAGCUGCCUGCGGCCACAGCUGUCUCAAUCCUGUCACUGUGCCCGGAGAGUGCUGCCCCGUGUGUGAGGAACCCACCUACAUCACGAUGGCGCCCCCUGCCUGCGGCUCACUUGACAACUGCACGCUGGUGGACAAGAGCUGCCCGUACGGCUUCCGGCUGGACUCCAGCGGCUGCAGGACGUGCAGCUGCAAGACACGAGAAGAGCUGUGCAGUGGUCUAAUUGCCAGCUGCACUCUGAAAUGCCCUUUUGGCUUCCAGACUGACAUUCACGGCUGUGAUGUCUGCCAAUGUCGACCGCGUCACAAGAAGUGCAAAGCCGUGGCCUGUGCCAAGGACUGCCCAUUUGGCUACAUUAAGAACAAGCAUGGCUGUGACACCUGCCGUUGUAAGAAAUGCCCUGAACUACCAUGUGACAAGUCCUGUCCAACGGGCUUCCAGCACGAUGAAUUGGGCUGUCUGAUUUGCCAGUGCAGAGAUCAGAGCUCGUCGUCUGUGGCUCCAGCAGUGAAAUUGGGCUCCUGCCUGUCUAUGGAUGGCCGCAGGCACGAGAACGGGCAGAGCUGGCACGACGGAUGCAGGGACUGUUACUGCCAUGCUGGGAGAGAAAUGUGCGCCCUUAUUUCUUGCCCAGUUCCCCCUUGUGAUAACCCCACCAUCCGACCCGGCCACUGUUGCCCUACCUGUCCAGAAGAGUCCAGUUCCCACAAGCCGGAGCUGAGCGAGGCGUCCGUGUGUUUGGCUCCGGGUGGAGAGUACUUUGUGGAGGGAGAAACGUGGAAUAUCGACUCCUGCACUCAGUGCACCUGCCACAGCGGCCGUGUGCUCUGUGAGACGGAGGUGUGCCCGCCCCUGCUCUGCCACAGUCCAAUCAGAACGCAGGAUUCCUGCUGUCCUCACUGUCCAGACGAUCCAGUCACACCUCAGACGCCCAGUAACGACAGCAUGCCCAGCUACUGCAGGAAUGAGGAUGGUGAUAUCUUCUUGGCCGCUGAGUCCUGGAAGCCCAAUGUCUGCUCCAGCUGUGUUUGUCUAGACGGAGCGAUCAGCUGCUUCUCUGAGUCUUGCCCGCCGGUCAACUGCGCCCGGCCCGUGCUCAGGAAGGGCCAGUGCUGCCCAUACUGUCUAGAUGCCACGCCAAGGGCCGUGUGUCAUUUCAAUGGGAAGACGUAUAUGGACGAGGAGCGAUGGGACAUUGACAGCUGCACUCACUGCUACUGCCUGCAAGGUCAAACCCUCUGCUCGACGGUCAGCUGUCCCGUCUUACCCUGCCAUCAGCCGGUCACCGUUGAGGGCAGCUGCUGCCCCAUGUGUCCAGAGAGUUACGCUCCCACAAAUGUACCCAUCGAGAAGACGGACCAACGAGGAGACAAGCAGAGACAUCAACCAGCCUGGCCGACUCAUAGCGAAAACGAUAUUAUGCCACAGUUUAGAGGUGACUUUGGAAGUCUACAGAUGCCCUAUCUGGACGGCAAGACCCCACUGCCCAGUGAGGAUGCCAGUCUGCACUGGGCCUGGGUGGCACUGCCCAUCCUAAUGAUGAUGCUCACUAUCGCCGCCCUGCUGUUGGUCAACCAGCGUAAGCAGUGGAUCCCAGUGCCUUGCUACCGCACACCCAAUAAGCCCACGUGUCUCAAUAACCAGCUGGUGUAUGUGGACUGCCAGAAGGGGACGAAAGUCCAGGUGGACAGCUCCCAACGCAUGCUCCGCAUUGCAGAUCCUGACUCAAGAUACAGCGGUUACUACAGCAUGCAGAAACACAACAACCUGCAAGCUGACAACUUCUACCAGACCGCGUGAGACCCAGGAGAGAGAGAGAGAGUGAGUGAACGAGAAAGAGAGAGACUGAGCCCGUGUUCAGCUGCCAAACCUUUGCGGCACAUGGACACCUACUAAAAAAACUGUAGAGAUGGACAAAGCCACCAAACCAAGUGGUCAGAGAAGAGACCCCGAUACCGAAUAACAAGUAUAAUAUUCACAUAAGUCACUCCAAGCAAAUCGAAAAAAUAUAUCACACGUCGACACCCGAAAGUCUCACCAGAAGAUGGAAGCCGCACCUAUGUAACCGAACCAUUACGGAGUGUGAUUGUUAAAUUGGAGAAGACUCUUCCAGAAUAUUUUUGUCAAUCAGAGGUAUGGUAGGUUGAGCAUCUUUUGUGUGUAAGCGUGAGAUUUCGUGGAUGUUCAGGCACAAGUUGAAGGUAGUCGUGAAGUCGAAUGAACAGUUUGGGGAUUAGGACAACUGGGGUGUUAUUUUCGUUUGUUUGUUUGUUUUCAACAAUCUUUUUCCUGCAUUCCUAACUUUUUUCUGUUGGAAAAGAGAGAAAUUAUUUUAGGAGUGAUAACUUUUUGACACAAGUGCUUGUGUGAACACUUAACGCUGAACCAAAGCUUCUCUGUCUACGAAACCUGAUGUGCCCAAACCGGGCGAGAGGCCGAGGAGGGACCUUCACUUCAUUGAGACAGAGGAGACGCUGGACUGUGUACGGAGCACAGCAGAGAGACGCGUAGAGGGAAAAAAAAAGAGGGAAAAUCAGACAAAAGAUAAUCUGUUGUUGCAACAGAUGCAUUUUUGUAGAAGAUGCUACUGUAAGAUUGUGAUUUCCCCAGUGUUGUGGGUGAGUUUGGCCAUUUUCUUUUCUCUUUUAAAGACAAAAGGAGGAAAACAGAGCAAGCUGCUCUGUGGACAUGGGUUCUUCCUGUUAAUGGAUGUGUGGGGUCUCUAUGUUGUAUUUCUGCUUACAUGUACGAGCAUUUUCCCAUUUAAUCAUACAAACACCAUUCGCUCUUUCUUCCACGACUAGGGGCAGACUGACACUCCUAGCAAAUAUAUAUUUUCCUGAAACGAAUCCGAGGAUUGUGAAGCGAGAUGCAGGAACAUAGCGAUAGUGGUUUGGAUUUGAGGCUAUGCUUUAAAAGUGCUGCUUUUUUUGCUUUGAUUCUUUAAACCUCGUUUUGUAGGGAUGAAAACCAGUAGUGAGGACUGUUUGCGUCUUUUGAGAAACAUUUGCCAAGAAAAACAGAAUCAAAGGGCCUUGUUCUUGGAAUGCAAGCAGAAUGGAUUUUGUGUAAAUCGCUCGUAAAAACAUUUACAUUUCAAACAUUUUGUAAUGUUUGUGUAAAUUGCUAACUAGGAGUGUAGCGGUACACAUAUUUGCAUAAAAAAUUUUCAGUUUAGUACUGUGCAAUGAUUAAUCGCAUCUAAAAUAAUAGUUUUUGUUUACAUAAUAUAUGUGUUUGCACUGUGUAUAUUUAUUGUGUCUAUUAAAUAUAUUUAUAUAUAAUAUUAACUGUAUCAAAAAUAUAUACAUGUAAUAAAAAUAAAUAUUUUCAAAAUAUAUACUGUAUGUGUGUGUAUUUCUAUAUAAAUAUAUAUAAAUAUACACAGUACACACAUAUAUUAUGUAAACAAAAACUUUUAUUUUGGAUGCGAUUAAUUGCGAUUAAUUGUUGCACAACACUAUUUUGUUUCGGUUUGUGUGUUUUAACCACUCCACAUGCAAUACUUCGUAUUUUGAAAGUCUGUAAGGUAUACAGAUACAUUUUCAAAUUAGAUACAGGAGAUAUUUUGAUAUGUCGAUAAAAUUAGCAAAUGCAUCUGAAAAAAUGUCCUAAACAUAAGACAUUAUAUUAAGCAUUUCAAACUUAAUCAGCAUAAAGUUUAAAGCUGUGUUCCCUCCUAUCAGAUGUGUGAUUCCUAAUGCGCUUGUUUUUGUCAACGCAUUACAUCUUUUACAGUUUUAUCUUUAUCUGUAUAUGUUAAAAGUCAUGUGAGUGUUUCCAUUUUUCCAGAUUUUGCUAAAAUAUUGUGCAAGCAAAAAAAAAAAUAUUUUAAUCUCUUCCCCCAACAGAACCAUAAAAUGCAGUGCAAAGAGUGUUACAGCCUGUUGUAACGGUAAUGGUACAUGUUAAAGACAAAGUUAUAUACCACUGUUUAAUAAAAUAGAAAAAAAGCAGUUUUAUUUUUUAUUUUUCACCAUGCUGUACCAAGACUUCAACCUUUUUUGUGUACUGUUACACUCCUACUUCUAGCAUUAUAACAUUUUUUUGUAUCUAAAACCAGUCUUGUCGUUUUAAAGGGAAAAUAGAAAUAAAUAUACAAAAAAUACAAAAUUGAUGGCAGUUUACCUAAUGACUUUUUUUCAGAAUUGCGUGAUAUAAGCUCGCAACUGUGAGAAAAAAAAAUAGAAUUGACUAUAUUUCGCAAUUCUGACUUUAUAACUCACAAUUGCAAGUUUAUAUCAUGCAAUUCUGACUUUAUAACUCCCAAUCUAGAAUUGUUUCUCACAAAUGUGAGUUUAUAUCUCACAGUUCUGACUUUUUCUCGUAAUUCUGACUUUUCUCAAAAUUCUAAGAUAUAAACUCAUAAUUGCGAGUUGUAAAAUCAGAAUUGCAUGAUAUAAACUUGCAGUUACUAGUUAUAAACUCAUAAUUGCAUGAUAUAUUCACAAUUCAGAUUUUUUUUUCUCGCAAUUGCGAGUUUGUGUCGCAAUUCUGACUUUUUCUCGUAAUUCUGACUAUUUUCUCAGAAUUGUGAGAUAUAAACUCACAAUUGCGAGUUAUAGUCAGAACUGCAUGAUAUAAACUUGCAAUUGCUAAAGUCAGAAUUGUGAGAUAUAGUCACAAUUCUGACGUUUAUCUCACAAUUUCAAGUUUAUAUCUUGCAAUUCUGACUUUUUCUUGUAAUUCUGACUUUUUUUUUCAGAAUUGUGAGAUAUAAACUCGCAGUUGCUAAUUAUAAAGUCAGAAUUACGAGAUUUUCUCACAAUUGUGAGUUUGUUUACCUAAGAGCAAUCUUACAAAUGAUUUCUAAAUACUAUUAGUUGAAUGAUUUACACAAAAAAGUUGUAAACUGUCUGCAGUUUACAUACGAAUGGUCUUGAAUGACUGCUUCAUACUAGUAGUUCUGCAAACUAUUUACACAAGUUUUAAGUUACCAAAAAUUUACGAAUGUUUUUACUAACAAUUUGCACCAACGUUAAGUUAUCUGAAAGUUACGUAAGAAUUGUCUUUACACAAAAAGUUGCAAGUUGUCUAGAAUUUAUUAGAGAAUGGUUCUACGAGCGAUUUACACAGAAAUUGCACCAGUGUUUUUAUGAAUGAGGUCUAAAGAUUGAAUGACUUUUGGUAUGGCAUCUGAGAGAAACAUAUACCGUUUUUGGAUAAAUGUUUUCCGUUUUCUUUAUUUGUACUGUUCACGAAACUGCCUCCUUUUCUGGAAGCUUUGAAACAUUAUUGAGGCACCUUUGUGUUCUAGUUUUCUAGCUGAGAAUGAAUUUGGCUUCAAAAAUCCAAAGCUAUUAUAGGAACAUUUAUGUACAUAUUAUUGCUAAAAUGAAAAGACCUGAAAUAUUAUGUGAGUAUAUAUGUAUGUGUGUAUGUAUAUGUGUUCGCAUGUACGUAUGAGUGCGCACAUACAAACGCACACGUACGCACACAUGACUUCUUUUCAUCGGUAAGGUUCUUAGUUUUCAUUUUCCUAAUGAAUGUAUUUAUGAUUGAGCAAAAUAAGAGAUUUAUCUAAUGGCAAACUGAUGAUGACGGGCAUUCCAUUGCCUUUUUUGUUUGGUGGUAAUUAAAAAAAAAAGCACAGACGAUGAUGAUGCAGAAAGAAAGACAAACAUCUCAUUCUAUCCUUAUUUUUGUGUGUAUUUUUUUUCCCGCUCGUUUUCUCGUAGAGCUUUGCUCAUUUGAACGUUUUGGGGCCCGUAAGAGUUACUCUGGCUUUGUUUAGACAGGCAAAAAAUGAGAUGCUUUGGCUCAUCCGAUUUGUUUUUUGUAGCGUGAAAUACCACAAGAAAUCUAAUUUUUACAAAUGACAGCGUGGACAGCCAAUUCUAAAGAUCAGAUUUUAAAAAAGGAAAAUGAAUUUGUGUACAACAAAGCCUUUGUUUCUGUACGUGAAGCAGUGUCACGUUGUCAUCUAUUGUGAUCUUACAGCUGAACGAUGAAGCUCUGGUUUCUUUGUUUCCUGUCAGGAGUCCCUUCAGGUGUCAGAACUACUGGAAUGUUGAUGGACAUAAGCUGUUGAAGU